AUGAAUGUGAUGGGAUAUUACUAUGUCGUUGUCCUAAGUAGCAGAGUUACCCGAGAUUCAAGCCCAUACCUUCUGAUGCUAUCCCCAGCACUUGUUCCUGCUACACAAGAAGCAACUAAUAUCAUAACCUUCUUUGAAUGCAGUGAGAAACGGUGUGGUAGAAUGGAGAGCAGGCCUGUCUGCAGGAAUCUGCAGUUAUUUAAUCUCCGGAGUAUUUUACCCUGGUAUCCUAGAAGUGCUUUCACUCCCAACAACAGAGUCUAUUUUGUUCAGUACAAAAUGUAUGGGUAGAAACAAUGGACAAAGGGGAAGUUGGGCAUUUAUGAACUCUUUUGUGACCUGACAGAUGAAACCUCAGAUGUGCACGAACUUUAUUAUGGAAGUUUCUUAUUAUGGAAAGCUACCUCUACUGUCAUCCAUAUUAACUGGAGCAUGACAAAGAGAUUUAUCCCCUGGUGGGAAACAAAAAUAGGACUUCCAUCUAUCAGUGUGAUACAAAGUAACAGAUUAAUACAAUUGAUACUCCGUGUUCCAAAUUCACCCUAUAAGAAAAAAGGAAGAAACAUGUCAAUACAAAAUUACUAUGAGCUAGUAUGCCAAGUAUUUAUAAUGAAUAAUUCUCUAGACACGAUGAGUUGAAUUUACGUAAGCAAAAGGUUACAUGAAGGCGCCAAUGAAAAGGUUGAAAUGGGUGUGAUGCCUGGCUCCAGCAACUAUAUAGUUGCAGAAAUAUAUUUGCCUGAACUAGGCUGAAGCAGUAAGAGCACUGAAAUCUGGACCUUCGUGGCUCAGAGAACUGCUUGUCUGAGUGAGAUUUCAGACCUGGAAGGACAUCAGAAGCUGUCGAACCCAACCUGCACUAGAGAAUCUGCUGAGUUUCCCGUGAUAGUGCUGGGCUUGGGCGCUGAGAGUGGGUGGAGCCAGCAAACACCUCCUCCCCUCCGGACCUUAUCUUACUACCUCGCCUUUGCCCCUUCUCUCUCCUACCCCGAGCAGACCCAACUGAGUCCAGCAGAGUGA